AUGGUUGUUGCCUUUGUUUACCGUUGGCUUUUGUACGCUGUUGCUAUUGUUAAUACAUCGUUGUUGAUUGCCGCACAAAGGCACACAGCCUCGGAUAAUCCGUCGACAUACAAUAUAGGCGGCGUAUUGAGCGACUCUGACAGCGAGGAGCAUUUUCGCACAACAAUAGCGCAUCUCAACUUUGAUCAGCAAUAUGUGCCGAGGAAAGUUACCUACUAUGAUAAGACAAUACGCAUGGAUAAAAAUCCCAUAAAGACGGUGUUCAACGUCUGCGACAAACUCAUCGAAAAGCGUGUCUACGCCGUUGUCGUUUCGCAUGAACAAACCUCAGGUGAUUUGUCGCCGGCGGCUGUAAGUUAUACGAGCGGCUUCUACUCAAUACCCGUCAUUGGCAUAUCCUCACGGGAUGCGGCCUUUUCCGAUAAGAAUAUACACGUUUCGUUCCUGCGCACCGUACCCCCUUACUAUCAUCAGGCGGAUGUCUGGCUGGAGAUGUUGAGCCAUUUCAGCUAUACGAAGGUAAUCAUAAUCCACAGCUCGGAUACGGAUGGACGCGCCAUUUUGGGUCGCUUUCAGACAACAUCGCAAACUUACUACGAUGAUGUCCGAUACGACGACGUGCGUGCCACUGUGGAAUUGAUUGUUGAAUUUGAGCCGAAACUGGAGAGUUUUACCAGCCAUUUAGUAGACAUGAAGACGGCACAGUCGAGGGUAUAUUUGAUGUAUGCAAGCACCGAGGAUGCACAAGUUAUAUUCCGCGAUGCUGGCGAAUAUAACAUGACCGGAGAGGGCCAUGUGUGGAUUGUAACGGAGCAGGCGCUGCAUGCGAACAAUACGCCCGAAGGAGUGCUUGGUCUGCAGCUCGAGCAUUCCCACAGCGACAAGAAGCACAUUAGGGACAGCGUUUAUGUGCUUGCCUCGGCUAUUAAGGAAAUGAUUUCAAAUGAGACCAUUGCUGAGGCGCCAAAGGACUGCGGUGAUUCGGCAGUGAACUGGGAAUCGGGCAAACGACUCUUUCAGUACUUGAAGUCGCGCAACAUCACUGGCGACACAGGGCAGGUGGCCUUUGAUGCCAAUGGGGACCGCAUUUAUGCAGGCUACGAUGUCAUCAACAUACGGGAAAAGCAGCAAAAGCUGGUAGUGGGAAAAUUCAGCUACGACAGUGAGAAGGCGAAAAUGCGGAUGCGGAUCAAUGACAGCGAUAUCAUCUGGGCGGGCAAACAGCGACGGAAGCCAGAGGGCAUUAUGAUACCCACCCAUUUGAAAGUUCUCACCAUAGAGGAGAAGCCCUUUGUCUAUGUGCGGCGCAUGGGCGAUGAUGAGUUUAAAUGCGAGCCGGAUGAACGACCCUGCCCACUUUUUAACUCCACAGAUGAUACGACCAACGAAUUUUGCUGCCGAGGCUACUGCAUCGAUCUCUUAAUAGAGCUCUCGAAACGCAUUAAUUUUACCUACGAUCUAGCCCUGUCGCCGGAUGGUCAAUUCGGUCAUUAUAUUUUGCGCAAUAACACGGGGAUAAAGAAUAAGGAAUGGAAUGGACUUAUUGGCGAGUUGGUCAAUGAACAUGCCGACAUGAUCGUCGCACCACUGACCAUUAAUCCGGAGCGUGCCGAGUACAUAGAAUUCUCGAAGCCAUUCAAAUAUCAAGGCAUUACAAUACUCGAGAAGAAGCCUUCGCGAUCGAGUACUCUGGUGUCUUUUUUGCAACCAUUUAGUAACACGCUAUGGAUCUUGGUAAUGGUGUCGGUCCAUGUUGUGGCGCUCGUGCUAUACUUGUUAGAUAGAUUUUCACCGUUUGGACGCUUUAAGCUGUCGCAUACAGACAGCAAUGAAGAGAAGGCUUUAAAUCUCAGUUCAGCCGUUUGGUUCGCUUGGGGUGUGCUACUGAACAGCGGCAUUGGUGAGGGGACACCGCGCAGUUUCUCGGCUCGCGUUCUGGGCAUGGUUUGGGCCGGUUUCGCCAUGAUCAUUGUUGCCUCAUAUACUGCCAACCUGGCUGCUUUCCUCGUGCUCGAAAGGCCCAAAACUAAGUUGAGCGGCAUAAAUGAUGCGCGUCUGCGCAACACAAUGGAGAACUUAACGUGUGCCACGGUAAAGGGCUCAUCGGUGGACAUGUAUUUCCGGCGACAGGUUGAACUAUCCAACAUGUAUCGCACAAUGGAGGCCAACAACUAUGAUACUGCCGAGCAGGCCAUACAGGAUGUGAAGAAGGGCAAGCUAAUGGCUUUCAUUUGGGACUCCUCGCGUCUGGAGUACGAGGCCUCAAAGGACUGUGAGUUGGUUACAGCUGGUGAGCUUUUUGGACGCAGCGGAUAUGGCAUAGGCCUGCAAAAAGGCUCGCCUUGGACUGAUGCGGUAACCCUCGCCAUAUUAGAAUUUCAUGAGAGUGGGUUUAUGGAGAAACUUGAUAAGCAAUGGAUUUUUCAUGGACAUGUGCAGCAAAAUUGCGAGCUCUUUGAGAAAACACCCAAUACGUUGGGCCUAAAGAAUAUGGCCGGCGUUUUCAUACUUGUUGGCGUUGGCAUAGCUGGUGGCGUGGGUCUGAUUAUUAUCGAAGUCAUCUAUAAGAAGCAUCAGGUGAAAAAACAAAAAAGAUUAGACAUAGCCAGACAUGCAGCGGAUAAGUGGCGUGGUACAAUAGAGAAACGAAAAACCAUACGCGCCUCAUUGGCCAUGCAGCGGCAGUACAAUAUUGGACUGAACUCAACUCAUGCACCGGGCACAAUCAGCCUAGCCGUGGACAAGCGGCGCUAUCCACGUUUAGGACAGCGCAUGGGCCCCGAACGCGCCUGGCCCGGGGACGCUGACGUCCUUCGCAUACGCCGACCUUACGAGCUUGGCAAGCCGGGCCAAUCACCCAAAGUGAUGGCCCCACCUUUUGGCAAGACACGCCCACAACAGAACAUAUUGCCACCGCGUUACUCGCCUGGUUAUACCAGCGACGUGUCGCAUUUGGUAGUUUAA